UAGAGCAAUGUCCUCAAGAAUCCGGCAGAGGCAGUGGUUGUGAAAGCCAAGGUGGCAUCUGUCUACUGCAGGGGUGCACACCCUCUCAGCCUCCCUCCUCCACCGUGCCCUCAUCACCUGCUCUCCUUCCACACUCCUGCCUGCUGUCCUUGAGCAGAAUCAUCAUGCCUUACGGUCAGAAGAGUAAACUCCGUGCCCGUGAGAAACGUCGCCAGGCUCGAAGUGAUACCCACAGUGUCAAGGGUGCUCAGACCACUACAGCAGAGGAGGAAGGGUCCCCUUCCUCUUCCUCUCCUCCUUCUAGGGAUUCUCCAGAGAGCUCCCCUGCUGCUGCUGGCAUUCCCCAGGAGCCUCCGAGAGUCCAGCCCAUCACCACUGCUACUGUUGUUGAUGCUUCGGGCACAGGAGCUUCUGGAGGGGCCGAGGGCCAAGAUGAGGGAGGGCCAAGUUCCUCUGCGGCCCCAGCCCCCACUGAGAGGUCUCAAAGAGACCCUGUAACCAGGAGGGUGAGCACGUUGUUGCAGUUCCUGCUGCACAAGUAUAAAAUGAAAGAGCCCAUUACGAAGGCAGAAAUGUUGAAGAUCGUCAACAAAAGGUACAAGGAGCAUUUCUCUGACAUCCUGAGGAGAGCCACUGAGCACAUGGAGCUGGUCUUUGGUCUUGACCUGAAGGAAGUCGAUUCCACAGGUCAAUCCUAUACCAUUGUCAGCAAAUUGGAGAUCACCAAGGAAGAGAAUCUGAGUGGUGGCAGGGGCUUUCCCAAGACCAGGCUCCUGAUGCCUCUCCUGGGCAUCAUCAUCUUGAAUGGCAACCGGGCCACUGAGGACGAGAUCUGGGAAUUCCUGAGUUUCCUGGGGAUCUACGAUGGAAAGAGGCACUUCAUGCUUGGGGAUCCUAGGAGGCUCAUCACCAGAGAUAUCGUGAAGGAAACGUACCUGGAGUACCAGGAGGUACCCAACAGUUAUCCUCCACGUUACGAAUUCCUGUGGGGUCCCAGAGCCCAUGCUGAAGCAAACGAGGAAAAAGUCCUGGAGUUUUUGGUCAAGAUCAAUGAUACCGACCCUCGUGCUUUCCAAGCCCUGUAUGAAGAAACCUGGGUAGAUGAGGCAAAGAGAGCAGCAGCCGGAGAAUGGGCCGGGGCUGGUCCUAAUGCCAGGGCCUGGGCCCAUGUCCGGGCAAAGUCCACCAGGUCCUUCCACCCCUAG